CAACGAAAUCAAUUUAGGAUCUCCAUUCUCGUAUCUUUCUCUGAGUUCUUGCUGGGAGUAUUUUUUCUUCUUUUGCUUCUUUGAAAUAUCAUCUUCGUCAGGGAACAAACUGUUCACAAAUUAGUUGAAAUACUUUUUUAUUGGAUUGGAAGAAGAAAAGUAUUUUUAUUUUAGAGUUAGGCCAGGGCCAUUGCAGCUGUGGAAAGUAGAUCAACAUGAAUAAGCGACGGCCACUGCUUGUUAAUCAGUUUCUGCCAAACCCUAUAACACAAAUUAAAGCAUCUUCUUCUUUCUUUCUAACAUAGUGUGAUUUUAGUUUCUCUGCACAAAAACAUGCCACAAGACCCCCCUGGGUUGUACUACGAUGCUGAGAAGAACAGGUACUUCCCCAUCAAACCUCGGAUUCCUGGCUCUUCUUCCCUCUCCCAUGCUUCACAAUCCCAAAACAACCACCCACUUUCAAACUCCGUCCAGGCAACAAAGUUAUGUCCACAAACCAGGGCUCCCACCUCUAGGCUACUUCAUCUUAGAGAGUUGAACGGCGAUGCUUUUAAUUAUGGUCGAGGGAGGCUUAGCUUUCAGGAGGAAUUCCACAAGUUACAUGCUUCUAAACCUGCGGUUUGGAGCUAUGGGACAAGCACAAAUUUAUUAAGAGUUAAUAUAAGUGAUAGCUCGUUGGAACAGACACAAAUUGGUGUACAGACACUAGAGGGUCAAAUGGAAACUGAUGUUCUGCUAGUAGGCAGUAUAGAUGGCUCCUUGAGUUUCUUAACGGUUGGAAAGCUUGGACAGCCUUUUGAUUAUGGGGUAAGAUACAUUCCGGAUCAUGUUUGGCCUUCCACCAAGGUGGAAGCAGAGAAUAAUGAACCACCUCAAUAUGUGUGGUGGCCCACAUGUGUUUCAUUUCAUAUGUCAUCAAGAAUCUCUUGUAUAAGAUUGUGUGAAAAGCAAUCUUUUUGUACAAACAAUGAUGAUUCUAAGCUCCAACACACUGUGAUAACUACACUGGGAUCUGAGACUUCUUGUGGAUAUGUUUAUAUCCUUAAUCUCCUGGAACCAGUAGAUUUUACUUCUCGAUUGGAUCAAAGGUUACAUGCAGUUGCUUCUUUUAAUUAUACCAUUUGGGCUGCAGAUUAUAAUUCUCAUAAAAAUCAAGCAGUGAUUGGAACCAAUCAUGGAGCUGCCUUGGUUGAUGUGGAAAGAGGAAUAUCAACAUGGGUGUGCCAUAGUAAAAGUGAUGUCUUGGCACAACAAUUUGAUCGGACUGGAAAUCUUGUGCUUUGUGGACUCAGAAAUGGAGCAAUUGUCACUGUGGAUGUUCGCGAGAACCAGCAAAGCAUUGCUGCUGGACAUACUAGGCAUCGAAAUCCUUACUUUUCAUCAGGCAGAAGUAAUCAGAAAAAAUGGUUUGAGCUCAAAGGAAACAUAUCUCCUUCUCAUAUCAUUUAUAUGCCAUCAUCUAUUUCUAGUUUGGUAUCACUUCAAUCCUAUGAUCAGUAUUUCUUGGCAAGAUCGAUGGAUGGUUCAAUGAAGCUUUACGAUCACCAUCUAACUAAGAGAAGGGCUGUACAAUCUUAUGGAGGGCAUGUGAAUUCUCAUACUCGUAUACAGAUUGGAGUUGACCAAUCUGAGAGAUUUGUUAUGUCAGGUGGAGAAGACUGCUAUUUACGACUCUGGAGUGUCAAGUCUGGUAAACUGCUCUUUGAGGACAAAUUUUCUAAUUCUGUGCCAACAACCAUUUGCUGGCGAAGAGCUGAAAGAGGCAUUGGAAGGGAAGCUGAAAGACAAAACCAUAAUUCUGGGGCAUGGCUUGGAUCACAAGAAGGGCUAUUCUACAUGCACUGGUCCUGAGUUGGAAACCAUGAUUAUGGUGAGAGACUUGAUACUCUUGAGUGGAAUGCUUUCUAAUGGUGCAAGGCAUGGCCACUAUAGGCUUUAAUAGCAUAGCAUAGCAUAACAAAACAAAAUUCUACAGGAUGUUUCCCAGACAAUCUACUGUUAGGCAUCGGAAGGGUAUAAAGUAACUGUCUGCUGUGAAUAUUUUAUCAUUUUGGGGGGGUUGUAUAAGGUCAAAAUGUUGGGUUGGGCUCGUAUGUUGUUAAGUAUUACUCUCCAUUAUCUUAGGAAUUUGGGCUUAGCGGUUUUUGAAGGUUGAAGUAGUUCUCUGCCAGUUUGUAGAUAUUACCACUUGGACUUGCAGUGGAGAAUGCUAUUCAACUGGUUUUGAGAAAGGUUUCUCUCAUUUCGUUAAGCCUCUGGCUCCUCCGUGUACGCAUUUUUCACCAUGGUAGUGACUAGUGACUAAGGAAUGAGGUUGAUCGCCGCACCUACUUGUGUUGAUUGAGAAAUGAGAAAUGAAGGCAAAUAUUACUAGUAAAGUAAAAUGACAUUUAUUCAUUCAGGUUACGUCGAUUGUGAAUUGACAAGUGCGAUCUUGUGCUAUCCUCCAUUUUGCUCGCCUCCUUUAAAUUUAUAAAAAAAUAUAUUAUAAGUAAAAAUGC